AUGAAGUUAAAUAAUACAAGCGAUGCAUUUUUUAUUGUUGUGUUAAUCCAUUUUAGCCGAGUUAUUCCCAUUAAUAAACAUCAGGCUUCAAAUCUACGUCGUCUUAAUUUAAAUUGGAAUGGACGUAUCAAUACUGUGGACUCAAUUAAUAAGUUAUUCGAGCGUGAUGUUUUAUUUUCAUUGACGAACUUCAAAUUAUGGGCGAGGAUGGCUGGUCCCCAUGUUCUUCAUCAUUUACUAUCAAUGCUUUCCAGUCAAUGUUUAUAUUCGUUUAAUGUUAAAUGGUAUGUGCAAAGUGUUGUGUCAUUAUCGGACACAAGCAAAAUCUUAUCCGACACGUUUCAACAGCUCAAAGGACCGGUGUCAAUUGAAUUACAAUUAACUUUGGAAGAAAACAUCUAUUAUGUUAGAGCUGUAACAGUACCAAGAAUGGAUAAACAUAUAUGUGUAUAUUCUUAUCUAGAUAAUGCUGUGCAUAGUGGAAGUCGGUGGCCAUAUAAUAGACGUGUCUUCAACAGUCAAUUUUUACGCUGCAAUGAGAUUAUUAUGCGUGAGAAUGAUGAUCAAGUCAACGGUGAAUUUCUUUGUUUAUCACCAUCUAUUGUUUUUUGGAAUAAAAUUACAUCGCUUAAUAUUCCUCUACCAUUGAAUUCAACUUAUCUUCAUUUUCUCUUUUCACAAACGACUAAUCUACGUAGUCUAGAACUGCAUUAUAAGUCAUAUGGUCCAGAUAAUUUUGUUUUCGAAGAUGAAACUUUAAUCGAUUUCCUUACAGAUGUUUCUUUGUGCAAUAUGCUCAUGUCACAUGGCUUACGACAACUCAAUAUUUUUACCGCUUGGACACAACCAAAUUUGAUAAACAUUGCUUAUUUAAUCGUCGAACGACUGUCGCAUUUGCAAGUAAUAGAACUACGUGGUAUUGACGAUGAACUGAUUGAAAUGUCACAUAUACUUAUCAACGGUCUUGAGAAAUUAAAUUUUUUCAGUUUUCAUGGUGUACUUGGACAUGGUAAACGUCAUGAGAAAGAAUUACGUAAUCUACAAAAUUCAAAUACUCGUUCUUUUAGGACAGAAGUUCCUAACACAAUAGAUGCAGAUACAUUUGUCGUAUGGUUAUAA